AUGAACAAGACUCUGUUCAGCCUCCUCGUCUGGGCUGCCAGCGCGCUCGCCACACCCGUUGGAGGCCAAUGCCCUCCCGCCGGCCCCGUCCUACCCCCGCCCAAGUACCCAGCCAAACUAGACCCGCAGAGGCUGUCAUCCAGGAUCGAGGCCUUGGUUAAGAGCUCCGGCACGCGGUGGAACGUCUCGACCACGUCCUUCUCCGUAGAGCUAACCUCGGCGGACGCGACGCUAUUCGAGUACCACCACACCGCCGCGGUCAAGAACGCCAGCGGGGUGAAGACGGUGGACGCGGACACGGUGUACCGCGUCAUGAGCGUGACCAAGACGGUCAACGUGCUGGCACUACUGCUGAACGCGCCGCAUAAGAUUGACACGCCGAUUGGGGACUACGUAGAGGAGCUUAGGGGGUUCGGGCCGUAUGAGGGCGUUACGCUGCGGAUGCUGGCUAGUCAACUUGCCGGAGUGCCGAACAAGGGGUUCGCAUUUGAUCGGUAUCUACGGUACGGAGACGAGCUGGAAAAGGCGGGCUUUCCGAAGCCGGAUCCCAAGGACAUACCGACUUGCGACAAUCUCUCCAUGAAGACAUGCUCCCGCGCGGAAAUGCUGGAUGCCCUCAAGAGCAACAAGCUUAUCUUCAUGCCUGGCGACCGGCCCGCCUACUCCGACCAGGCCUACAUGCUCCUCGGCUGGGCAAUGGAGAAUAUCACGGGCAAGCCGUUUGAGCAAAUCGUUCGCGACAGCGUCACGGGCCCGUUGGGCCUGUCGGCGACGGGGUUUCAGGUGCCGGAGCUGUCGAGGGGCGUCAUCCCCGUGGGCAUCGGAGCGAGUUUCUUUGACCUGAGCCUGGGCAACUUCAACUACACCGCGGGUUUGUUCUCCACGCCACGCAACCUAACGGCGUAUACACGCGCCAUCCUUAACAACACGCUCCUCACGCCCGCGCAGACCCGUACCUGGCUCAAGCCCUCGUCCUUUGCCGGCUCGUACGCCAUGCACGUGGGCGCGCCGUGGGAAAUCUUCCGCCUCUCGCGCCUCACGCCCGACGGCCGCCCCAUCGACGUCUACACCAAGUCCGGGUCCAUGCCCGGCUGGGCCGCGUACGUCCUCCUCGUGCCCGAGUACAACAUCGGCGGGACCAUCCUUGUUGCGGCGGUAGACGCCAACGCGCCCAGCCUCUCGCUCCUCGACGCGGUGACGGACGCCGUGGUGCGCGAGGCGGACGCCCUGGCGAGGAGGCAGGCCGAGAGAGCCUACGCGGGCCGCUACUCGUCGGGCGGCGACAAGUCGUCGUCGUCGUCGAGCUUGGAGCUCGUCGUGGACGAGGGCCCUGGCUUGCGGAUCAAGUCGUGGCGGGCGGCGGGCGGCGCCAAGUCCGUCCUCGCGGCGCUGGCGGAACAGAAGGGGGUUGCGGACGAGGCGGAGCUCGAUGCGCGCAUCUAUCCCAUCGGCGAGGGCGGACGGUGGCGCAUGGUGCUGGAGAAGCUGGGGAGGAGGGCGGCAACGCCGUCGCGGCCCAGCGAGGCGUGUGCGAACUGGUUCAACUAUGACACCUGGCGGUAUGCGAGCCGUCCGGUGGAUGAGUUCGACUUUGAGGUUACGGAGCAGGGUGCGGUGAAGAGUGUUUCUAACCCGGGUCUACGCUCGACUAUGACCAAGGAAUAG